UAGUAAACACGGUAACACGCAGGCCUUUGACACCCAAUAUAUUUCGCGUGCAUUGAAACGUUUCGGAUGCAAUUGCCAGUUUAAAUUUACACAGGACAUCGGGAUUCCCAAGAAGCUAUGUCACGUAAAUCUGAGGGAGGAAGACGUCAGCGUGGCGUGAGGAAGCCGUCUCGGAAGAGUAGAAAUCCGAAAAAGCGCAGACAUACACUGUCGACAGAGGCGCAGUCUGUAUUGUCAACUCUGCUGGAGGAUGUUAUCGAGAAGACCCUGGAGGAUGCGAGAAAAAUGGCGGAGAAAACUGGAAAGGCUCGAAUGUCUAUUGAGGAUGUGGAGAAUGCACUCAGAAAACUGUGCCAGCGCUUUCGCUCAACGCGUGCCGCCCCUGUGGUUAAUGGAAUUGACGGUGGGAUCGACUGUCUCGGGGUGGGGAAUCAUCAGUCGAUGGAGUUCUGAUGUCGUCAGCAUGUGAAAUUGUUAAAUUACCGCGAUGACAGGAGA